AUGGAAUCCUCCCAUAUCACCGGGGAUGGCGGCGAAGAGUGCAACAGCAAUGAAUCCGGGUGGACGAUAUACCUGACCUCCCCCACGAGCAGCUAUGAAGCAAAAGAGAAUGGCAGUGAAGGGAGCAAUGUUGAAGAUGGCAGUGGUUACAUCACUGAGAGGAGGAAAGGGAAGGAAGAGAACAACGCGGAUGAUGAUGGAGAUUAUGAUUCCCUGGCGUCUGAUGCUUCCACAGGGACAUCUCAAGUGAAGGUGCUUGAAGGCAAAGAAGAGAAAGAUCGUCAGACAAAUGACGAUUGCAGCAAUGAACAUGGCAAGGAUGAACAGGCUGAGACGCUUACCAAGUUCUCGACCGGCAGCAACAAAAAGGCGGGCAAGGCAGCUCGCGGCUACGACGCGACGGGCUUGGAGUGGUGGAGGAAGGCGGCGGAGCAGAGCACGGUGGUGACGACGGCGAAGAGGCCGAGCGCGAACAUCAGCGACAUCCCGGCCACCGCCAGAUCCAGCAUCAGCUGCGCGCCGUGGAACACCGCCCCCAGCGACAUCCUCUUCCCUUCCCUUCCCCGACCCCUCGCCUCGCCUCGCCUGCGACGCGCUCUUCUCGGAGGAAGCCCGUGGCUAUAUCACGGCAGCGGAGAGGCGGGGAGAGCCAGAGGAGGAGGAGGAGGAGAAGCGGCGGGACACGCGGCGCGGCGGGGGCAGAAGGGGAGGCGGCGAGCCGACCACCUGGACGAGCGCUCCUGCCAUCUGUGA